GUGGUUCAUUCCUUCCACCGCACCCCUCCCUCGUCUCCCGGUGGUAGGCGCCGGAAGUGCCGCCAUUUUGGGGUGUCCGGCUCCGGCGGCGGCGGUGGCGGCGGCGGCGGGACGCGGAGGCUCCCCGGGGACUGGGCCUCAGAGAGGCGGCGGCGGCGGCUGAGGAGGCGGCGGCGGCGGCGGCGGCGGCGACGGCGACGGGCGCAGGUGCAGCUGCAGAGUGAAGACAAAUCCAGAAAAGACAGGUGUGAAACCAUAGCUCAAAGAAAAUGAAUGGAACACUGGAUCACCCGGACCAACCUGACCUGGAUGCCAUCAAGAUGUUUGUGGGUCAGGUUCCUAGGAGCUGGUCUGAAAAAGAUCUGAGGGAACUCUUUGAACAGUAUGGUGCUGUCUACGAAAUCAAUGUCCUGAGGGAUCGGAGCCAGAACCCUCCCCAGAGCAAAGGGUGCUGUUUUGUUACGUUUUACACCCGGAAAGCUGCACUAGAAGCACAGAACGCUCUUCACAAUAUGAAGAUCCUUCCAGGGAUGCAUCAUCCUAUACAGAUGAAACCUGCAGACAGUGAAAAAAACAAUGCAGUGGAAGACAGGAAGCUGUUUAUUGGUAUGAUUUCCAAGAAGUGCAAUGAAAACGAUAUUCGAGUCAUGUUCUCUUCCUUCGGACAGAUUGAAGAGUGCAGAAUAUUACGAGGUCCUGAUGGUCUGAGCCGAGGUUGUGCAUUUGUGACAUUUACGACACGAGCCAUGGCGCAGACAGCCAUCAAGGCAAUGCAUCAAGCACAGACUAUGGAGGGCUGUUCCUCUCCCAUCGUGGUGAAGUUUGCAGACACUCAGAAGGACAAAGAACAGAAGCGCAUGGCCCAGCAGCUGCAACAGCAGAUGCAGCAAAUCAGUGCUGCAUCUGUAUGGGGAAACCUCGCUGGGCUGAACACUCUGGGACCCCAGUACUUAGCACUUUAUUUGCAGCUCCUUCAGCAGACUGCCUCUUCUGGGAACCUCAACACCCUGGGCAGCCUCCAUCCAAUGGGAGGACUAAAUGCAAUGCAGUUACAGAAUUUGGCUGCAUUGGCGGCGGCUGCUAGCGCCGCUCAGAAUACGCCAAGUGGUACCAAUGCUCUCACGACAUCUAGCAGUCCUCUCAGUGUCCUCACCAGUUCAGCAGGGUCCUCACCGAGCUCCAGUAGCAGCAACUCUGUUAAUCCAAUGGCUUCCCUUGGAGCCCUGCAGACACUGGCAGGAGCAACUGCCGGCCUCAACGUUGGCUCCUUAGCAGGGAUGGCUGCCUUAAAUGGUGGCUUGGGCAGUGGCGGUCUUUCUAACGGCACUGGAAGCACAAUGGAGGCCCUCACGCAGGCCUACUCUGGGAUCCAGCAGUAUGCUGCCGCUGCACUCCCGACUCUCUACAACCAGAACCUGUUAACACAGCAGAGUAUUGGUGCUGCAGGAAGUCAGAAGGAAGGUCCAGAAGGAGCCAACCUGUUCAUCUACCACCUGCCCCAGGAGUUUGGAGAUCAGGACCUACUGCAGAUGUUCAUGCCUUUUGGAAAUGUUGUUUCUGCCAAGGUUUUCAUCGACAAGCAGACAAACCUGAGCAAGUGCUUUGGGUUUGUAAGCUAUGACAAUCCUGUUUCAGCGCAGGCUGCCAUCCAAUCAAUGAACGGCUUUCAGAUUGGCAUGAAACGACUGAAAGUGCAGCUCAAACGCUCGAAGAAUGACAGCAAGCCCUACUGAGCAUUCUCCCCUCUGGGACUGGAGUGAGAGGGUCUUCUGGUAAGUGGGGGAAGGAGCGCCCGCCCUUAGUGAUUCGAAGCCCAAAGGCUGCGUGUUGGCAGCCCUGGACCCUGACCCUGCCACUCUCGCUGGCACCUCUUGCCCUGAAGACUCGGCUACUGCCUCCUGUGGGAGUUCGGCUUCGUGUGGAGGACGAGUUUGUGCUUUGUUUGGUUUCCAGUGUUUUACUUUGGAGUUUAGGUGCCAUAUCGCGGAGAUUUUUUUUUUUUUUCUUUAUUUAAAGUUUGCUGUGUUUGUAAACAGUGUGUGUUGAGAAGGACCAACACCAGACCGCCUUGGGGUGGGAGGGGGGAAUGGAAAGGAGCUCAAGAGAGCCAGAACAGAUUGUCCUGGGGACAAGGAUGGAGAGGCAGGGAGAUUAGCACUGACUUUGGAGGAUGGGGUGAUGGGACUGACACCAAAUGGCCUUUGGGAGCAAGGUUCACAGAGCUCCUCCUCUCAGUGGCUGUCUUCAGGAUGAUUCUUUUCAGCUGCUUAGAGCAAAAAAACAACAACAGAAAACAAAAAAACAGCUUCAGAGAGCUCCAGAGGUUCUUGCCAUCUAUAUUUAGGAUACCUGUCCUUGUUUUUUUGCCUUUCUUUGAAAAAAGGAGCUAGCAAGAUUUCUGGGAAUAAAGCGCCUGCUAAAUUAGCUAGCAAUAUACACAAGAGAAACCGUCGUUAUCAGUCAUUAGCUUUCAUAGCAGUUGGAUGCAUUCACAUAGCUCUGGCUGCCCAGUGCCCUUGCUAGAUAGAAAUAGAUCUAACAAAGCCAUGGUAUAGUCCCUCCUUUUAACACACUAAAAGUGUUCAUAGCCAAUUUAACAGAAGCUUCAAUAGGGAAGGGGCUAGUUCAAAGUGGGUUGGCCACCUUAUAUUUUCACAAUUCUGUCCACUGGAUUUUCUUAAAAAGGAAAAAAAAAAAAAGAAUCUCCUUCUGUCUUAUCCUAAGUGUUCUCUGAGGCCGGUUUCUAGCUGAAAGGGCAGCCGGCCAGGAGCAGCUUCUUAACCUGGCCAGAAUACAUCACUGGCCCUGAUUAUUUGGUGUCCCCUUCCCAGUGUACCAGAGCAGACGGCUGGUCCCUGCAGCCCAGUGGCCUGCUUCUGACCAGGGCCAGUACUUCGUAUUUAAGAAGAAUGAGAAGCCUGCAUUCACACAGGGUCAGCUUUUCCAGAGUUUUUCCGUGGAUGUUGGUGGCCGCCAGAACUGGGUUUUGGACGUUUCUGCAGGGCCAUUGUGGCUCCUUGCUUAAACCGCCAACACCCCACCUUCACUGGUGGCAGAACGUUUACACACUCGACAUAGUAUUCAUUUCAUUUACCUCAAUUUUUAUCUUGUCCAUUUCAUGUCCUUUGUGCUGACCCCGUUCAAGUGAGCAUCCGAGCUGCCUCUCACCCCAUCUCAUUCCCUCCCUGGGCCGGUACCCAACGAGAGGCCCUGGGCGCUGCCUCUUCUCCACAAGGUGGGGGGUUAGCUGAGCUUGAGAAAGGAAACGCUCUUCAGAAUGCACGCCUCGCAGGGCCACUUGUGUUACCGUUCGGUGUGAAUGUCGGCCAGCUCUGGAAUCAGGGCCCCAGAAUCCUUAAGCUUCAAGAAGUACUAGCCCUGAACCAUAGCAUCCACUCUCAGCAGGAAGCCAGGCGGGGGCCUUCUCUGUUUCGUGCUGGCUAUAGGGACGGCUGGCGAGAAGUCAGUCUUUCUGUUUUCCACAUAGUGGUGAACCUGUUCCAUUAACGGGCGAAUACCUGCUACCUUCUCCAAGUGAUAAUGUGGGUCUGUGUCCUCUAGGGAAGCACGUAAUGUACACCUCUUAGGCUGAACCAUGUAAACUUGAAUUCUGUGCACUGGGAGAAAUGUGUCCUGGUUUUCAGAGGAGAAAACUGUUCCAAAGGCUUCCAGGUUCAUGGUGGGAUUUUUUUUUUAAUAAAGAAAAAAAAUAAUAAAAAGAGGAAAAAAUGCAAGGUUGGGAGGCACUGUUCUGAAUCCCUACCUGCUGGAACUGAGAAUGUCAUUUCUAUUUUUAUAGAAGUUUUAUACAGCUCCAGGGUGGAGAAUAUUUAUUAACUAAAUUAUAUCUCUGGAAAAGGCCAGGAUUUUGUAGAAUCCAGAAUGUGAUUGUUUUACACACACAGGAUGCUGUGUAUUAUUGAAACUACUGACUUUCAGUGGCCCCUUUGCAGCCUGACUAGCCCGCCAGAGGGGGAGAGGAUUGAUGCUGUGACUUGGUAGGGGAGAGAUCCGUGCUCCCCAGAGCACUGCAGUUAAUCAUGAGCCUCCCUCUCCAUUUCUCUCCUUUGCCACCUCCCUGCUGUGAGGUGCCCAAAGCCUUCUUGCCACAAGGGUUCAUUUAACCUUUUCCCCCAGUGUUUUGCCAGCCUUUCACGAUCUGACACCCCUAACAGCGGGCACAGUCCCCCUCUCAAUGCUGGAAGUCGUGUCCGGUCGCAGGCCUAUGUCAAGGGGCUCCACUCCCUCCCAGGGGAGGGUCAGGGUGAGAGGCAGCUGUCCCCGGGCCCUCCUUUGUCCCUCAGUCAGCCCGGAGCACAGCCCUCUCCUCAGGCCAGAAAUGUGUUUUACGGAAAAGCUGCUCCAUGUCGGAGGAAGGGCGUGGGUCAGGCCCAGGGCCUGAUCCGAACAUGCAGUCGAGUCUUAAGUGGUCCUGUCACCGGCUCCCAUUGUGUCGUCUGCUGUCCUCUGUUUCUCAGUUCCAUCAUGAAAUCAGUUUGUCUUGGAAGCAGCCAGACCUCCAACCUCCCUAAGACUGGGCCGGGCCCAAAGGGAAGCCGAGAGCUUGGAUUUCCCAGACGGAGCCCCCCGGGAAGAGGGCUCGUGAGCGUUCCCCGCGUCCAGCCGCCAGGGCACUCCUCGCCAGGACUCCUCUUCUUUCAGAGGCGUGGCUGCUGCUGUCCUUGGGGUGGGGAGGGUGGAGGAGGGAGAGAAGGGGACCCAGACAUCGGGUCUGGCGGAGUCCGCCGAGACAGGUCCCAGGAAAUCCAGGCCUCGGUUUCUGUUUUGCUCUUGGCCGUCUGAUGUCUUCUUGGUGUCCUCCAUGUACUUUGACUUUCCCCUGUGUCCAUCGUUAGCAUGUGCAAAAGUUCCCUGUCACUUGCCUCCCCCAGAAGGCCUCCUCGUUUCAGGGCUGUACACACAGUGAGUGUCCCUGUUUUCUCUCUCUUCGUUUGGACGUAUUGCUCUGUGUAACUCAGUGGGUCUCCCUCUUUCUGGUUUGUUUUUUUCUAGAUUCCUGCCGUUUGUUCAUCGUUGUGCCUAAAGCAUGUCGAUGUGGCGUCAAGUACAUCGUCCAAAUCCUUGUCUCUUCAGCUUCUCUGAUGCUUGAACUCUCACCUUUGACCUUGUGUUGACCUUUGAUGCUGAUGUGUAUUUUUUAUUAUGUUUGUUUCUUUCUUUGUUUUUCUUUAAAUUUUUUUGUGCUGCCAAAUUGGUUUUGCUAGAACGACUGCUGAAGGGGAAAUAUUUAAACUUGCAUUUGAAUAUAAAAAAAUCUAUUUUUCUAGAACUUCAUAAGAUAACCACUUGAUUUUGUGAUUCCAAUUCUUUGUAAUUGUCUUCAGAGCAGCCCUACUAGCACAUGCCGUGUGGUGUUUGUAUUUCUGUGAACACACAGCCAGUCCGUUUCUAGGCUUUGUUUUUCUGUGUGCUUAGUUUUAAAGCAAAACUUUGAAGCAAACAAUGAAAUAAAAGACGUCACUAAACCUUUGAGGCUCCUGAGCACAUUUUGCUGAUCUAGUUUCUGGGGCUUGAGGAGACAGCAUGUAUUUUUUUUUUUCCCCUUGAGUUCUUAAACUGCAGAAAACACUUGAACUCCCUCUCCUGUGUUGAUAGCGGGCAGCCUUCUGGCCUCCCUGCCCCUUUUCUUUGUCCUUCCCUGUGGUUCUCCACCUCCAUCUUCGGUGAACCUUUGGAUCCACAUUGAUGUUGUCCUGUUUCAUUAACUCCCAUGCUUGUUUCUACAAUCUCCUCAGCAAAAUGUGAUGCUUUGGUUUUCCUUUCCAACUCAGAUAAUGCCCAGAAAACCCACGUUUUGCAUGUUUCCUGCUGUUUUCUUCACACCUUCGUAUAUAUCACCUUCACCUCUCUGUUUUCUAUAGUUUGUGCAAAAACUGACUGAUUUAAAGGGUUUCAAAGAAGCUGUUUCAAAUUGUUGUGGGGUUGGUUUUUUUUUUUCUGGAUUAUUUUUAUUUUGAUGUGGCAAAUUUCUCCUCGGUUGCCUGUAAGAUUACUUGCCUGUGCGCUUGGACUGUCCUGAUUGGCCUCCAGGCCUUGGGAGGGAGCUUCUGGUUACACCCUGGUCAUGUAGAAAGCUGAGUAUAGUGGGAGACUUAAGGAUAUGGAAAGGAUAGAAGAGAUGGGAAACCCAGAAGGUGGCUGUGGGUGGGACGCUUACAGCAAUGUGAAUUUGAAAAAUCCCCUCACACAAAGACCUCCUUCGGAAGUUUGUGCCUUUCAUUGACUUCCUGAUCCCUUGAGAGAUAAUGAGCCCCAUUUAGCCUCCAAGGAAAGGCUAGGUUUCUUGACCCACUGUUGGAAAGAGCCCGUGACCCCGCUGGCAACACACGUACCAGCUCUUUUCCUAGGUGACAAGCACAACACCGGUCUCCCUGCUGUUUACAGACUUCAGGCACUGCCCCGGCUCUUCCCGCACUCCACAUCCCCUCUCCCCAGGAGGAAGAGCCAGCAGCUUUUCUGCCUGCCCUUCACGGGGGCCGCUUUCCCCAGUAUCCUGGGAUUCGUUGGACAACCCACUUCAGUAAAAAGUUGAAAUGCAUAAAAGUGAGGUCUGGUCAUUAGGAAGUGGAAGAGUAAAGAAUAGAAUUGAAAAGUGUCCAUUUGGUGGAAGAUGGAGAUUCUAGAAGGAGGGAGCUUAAGGAUGCCAGCCAAGACAGGCCAGACACUUCUGGGAGCCUGUGGGAGAUGAAAUGUCUUGAUUCUCUAGGACUAGGGUGAGAGAUUAAAAGGCCUAGAGGAAAGUGUGAGGCACUGCUGGAAAGAUCUGGAGAGAGGAGGUGAUGAAGGAGCAAUCCCAGCUAUAUCUCAGUUUGGGGGGGUGGGGCAGCUUCUUGGGUAGUGCCACCCUGUAGUGAGAAAGGGGAGAACUUUUUUUUUUUUUUUUGGGGAGGGGGGCGGGGGUCUUUGCAUGGAAAAAGGCGGUGAGCACCACAGUCUGACCGCACAGAGGGCCCGAGUGAGAUCUUCUCCCUUCCCGCCUUGAUCCGGAGAAUCUCUGUUUUGCCAAUCUGUUUUGCUUUUGAUUCCGAAAGGAGCUCUGGGGAAACCUGUGGAUACAACCAAAAUGCCAAACGUUGGAUGUUAUUUUCCUUUCCUUUCCUCUCUUUGAUUGUUUUAGUUGUUCUGUGGUGGUUUUAAUGGAUUUGAGACCCUGGGACGGCAGCUGCCUUUCUGAUUUCCAGCUGCUUUUUGUGAAUAAUUUAAAAAGAAAAAAAAAAAGUAACUUUCCAUUUUGGAGACAAACCUGUGUGAGUUUUUUAUUGGUACAAACGUUGUAUUUAAACACUAGGGGUUUUGUACAGUUUUUUGCCUUUUCUACUAGAAAACAAUGUAAAGUGAUUUCACAAUGUGAAGAGAAAAAAAUUGCCACUGACCAAACGUACAGUCUGUUCUGCAGCAGCAAUGGGGUUCAAUCAACUCGAAGUCGUGAUUCAGUUGUAGAGAUGCUUUCCCCUUAACCUUGUUCAAGCUUUUCCUUUCUUUCCCCUGUUUUGAUUUGCAAAAGAAACCGUCUCUUUUGUGUGAAAUUGUGUUGUACUCUGUAGAAAAUUAUGGAUUUUACUUUAAUCGUUAAAAAAACAAAAAAACAAAAAAAACAAAAAAAGCAGCAGCAAGAAGAGCCCUGUGGCUUUUCUGGCCUGGUCGCAGAGUUUGUGUAGUGGGUUUAAAGAUGAAAAGAUUGUUACAAGUUUGGAACAAGCGAGUAUGUGUUUAAAAAAAAAAAAAAAAAAAAGGAAAUUUCCUUCCUUUGUGUGUUUUCCUUUUGUCCCAAUGGGGAACCUAAACCUGUUUUAAUUGCACAGACACACGGACAAAAAGUCAUUUUGUAUCUGCCAAGUGUGGUACCUUCCUUUGUUUAUUUGCUAUUAAACUGUUUGAGAAGAA